AUGCUCGCAGACCGAGAUCCGAAUGGCAGCGGCCGUACGUCGCGGGCCUCCAAUAUGUCUGCUAUGAGCCGAGCAACAGGUAAACAUGUACACGGGACGGGCAGGCCUGACCUACUUCCGUCUGCUGCCCCCGGCGUCAUGUCCAUGCUCCGUACCUCCACAGAGAUGGGCAACCUUGCUGGCAUCACGGGCGAUAUGUCCAGCAUAGGCACCAUGCCUCGAUCUUCGCAGCGGCGGGGCGCUUCCAGCAGACUCUCGACCACUUCAUCGCUAUCCAAUAACUCCAGUCGAACGAGCAGGCACCAUCGACAGUGGCCUUCGUCAUCCUCGGCCGCACGACGCUCCUUGACGCGCGAGCACAACGUACCUCAAUACGUUCCCGACACCCUCUCACCGACCAUGAUGAACAUACCAGGCUCGUCUCCACUUGUGCCCAUGCGGCGCGAUAGGGACUCGCAUCGCUCACUUUCGAUGACCCAUACGAUGCAGCCAACCUUCAGACUGUCAAGCAACCGAUCUCUAGGUAGCCUACGCCACGAUCACAUUCAGCGACCAAGAAGCCCAUAUCACUACCCAACGAGACUUCGGAGGCCUGGCCAUCGGCCUACUUCACCACCCUUGAGUGAUAUCAGCAGGCCACACCCAGGACGCCAGUACGGCCACAGUAGCCAAGGGCAGCCCUACUACCCAGGCCAGAUGAGAUUGAGGAUCCCAUCGGAUACAAGCCUUGGCCAUCAAGAGCGAGCGCAUAGGAUGUCUCGUCGUCCCAGCCGUGGCCCUUCACCAGCCUACUAUUCUGAGCCGCGACCAGACAUCCCACCUGUGCCGUCGAUGUACCAGCACCACAUGGCUGUAGAACAGGCUCGCAUGCUACACAGGUCUACCAAAGGAUCCGUUUCCAGUGGCUCGACGAACUUGCGUACCGAUUCCGACACGCCAUCGUCUGACAUGGCUCUACCACCAACGCCAAAGGACAGGACGUCCAUGGAAGUGCUCAUCAGUCCGAACGGCACUAGGAUGAUCUUUGACACUGUGACCGGAGUCCUAAAGGAAGAGGUCGCCACUGGACCACUUUACUACGACUACAGCGAACAAUUUGAGCAGGAACACCUCACUGAGCCUGAGAUAGACCCAGCUCCGACAGGCUUCGUGAACCGCAUCAAGACCAUAAUUGAAGAGCAUGGGUCACCAGUUGAGCUAGGCUCAAAGAAGACUUGCACUCAAGAGGUCAAGGUUUCCAUCGAGGUUGUGCGUUCUGGUGUUCCAGAUCUCGUAGAGCUCCCUGCUUCCCCUGUACCUCGUCGCAUCACAAGAGACUUGAUCCUAAAAGCAAUCGAAUCAAGUUCGACAACGGGGAACAUGGAAGCGUCGAUCAAGUCUCCAGCUCUUAGAGCUGAUUCCGGAACUAUUCAUUCAGACAGUCUUCCUGUCGCGACUCAUUCGUUGAUCGAAGAAGAGACCGAGGAAUUGUUGCACCCGGAAGGGGAGUGCAGGGAUAACCGCCACAGCAUCUUGUCUCAGACCGGAUCUAGCGUUUUGGACUCUUCGACCCUCAACUUUGCUGUUCGAUACUCGAUACCCAUGGCCACUGGUGCAGGAUUUGGGACCGACCAAGCCCCUGAACUUGGCGGCGAGCCCGCUGUGCCAGCUAGUCCUGGACUAAGUACUGAAGAUGGUAUGUCGGAGUUGUUAGCAGGAUACCAGCAUACUGAGUCCAAGCAAGAAUCCGGUGUGUUGCCACUAGCCGGGGUGGCUCACAAGACAGAGAGGGUAUCGGAAGAGCAUAUGGAAAGGGGAAGCCAUGACACCCAAAAGUCUUCCGAUGAGCAGUCCUUCAAGUCUUGUACGCAUCGUACGAAUCCAGUGUCAGAGCCAGCGUCACCUCUCUCGGACCAGGACCGGGACGCGAAGUCUUUCAUGUCAGCUACCGAUAUCUUGCCUGAGCGGGAGCCGUCGGUCAAAGGGUCGGAUGGUCGCUCGUUCACAACUUGCAAGAACGCUGACACCCCCGAUCGUGCAGCGUCUAUGCCACCAUCGAGACUGCCAUCUUCCAAUCUGGCCAAUUCAAUUCCGCAUCAUAAGAGGCCAGUAUCCGAGAUGUCUUUGUCGAGUCCUCCUCCUACUAUACUCCGCAAGCAACCGCAGGUUCUUCCUCAAGGUUCCGGCUUCUCACUUGUUAUUGGUACUGGCAAGCUGCUGGCCAACUCGAAACCGAGUUCGAAGCAAAGCGCAGUGUCGAUAUCAGGCUCUUCAUCCACUCUGAGCAUUACGCAACAACCACCUCCCAUUCCACCGCGAGAAUCCAGCUCGUCGAAAGAAGCCCAGCGCUACCAGGCUGUGGCCUCUUUCUUAGUGCGUCAGCUGCCAUCUCGUUUCGCUAAAGGGCGAAGUCCAACGGAGGAUGAAGAAACGCCGAAUCUAGAUGCUGACGACCAGUCUAUUUGCGAGCCAACACAUGACACCUUAGAGUCCAGUAGUACUCCGCAGCAGGUCGACAAACAGGAAGUAGUCUCCAAGGAGCUGAUUGCUGCGUCCAUUUCGCCCAAGGAAUUCAAUGCAUGCAACAUUCGUGGUGUCGGUCCGUCUCCUGCUCCGCGCCAGCAUUGUUUCAGCAGCUCGUCUCCUAUUAUCCAAGAGCCUUCGUCCGUAUAUUCGCCUCAAGACGUCUCUUUCCACUCUCGUAUGCAGUCUUCCCCAGCUGGCGUUCCCAUGUCUUCAGAGCAUAACCGCCGUGACAGUCAGACAACAACCCACUUGGUCUGGCAUGGCGGUCGCCGGUCUCUCAAUAUUCCUUCUUCUGUGAGCGCUAGUGAACCUCGUCUUCCUUUACCCAGUGUUCAGGAGGAUACCACGACCGAUCUCAGACUGUCUGGAUAUAGGUAUCCUGGUCCUUCGCAUUAUCUUCCCGAUCUGAAAGAGGAAUCGCACGAGGAUUCGAGCCUCAAUACUAGUGCCAGUAACCUGAAGAACUCCCACUUCCGGUUCCCAUUCGGUGGUCCGUCUGGGGUGCGCGGGUCCGUCGACGAUGCAAUUGUUUUAUCCGGGGGCUCGUCCACGGUGUCGCACCGGCGUAGUGCUCUGGGUAGUGUUCUCGGGCAGACGCACGGCCUCCCUUCGAUGCAAUUCAGUCAGAUGAAUCUGUUCGAGAAGUUGAAUGAAGAGCUCGGGCUGCGCUAUCCACGGUCGUUGGAAAAGCUUCCGAAUGAAUUGCAGGUUUUGAAGGAGGGUUGCCCGCCAGGGUCGGAGGUAGUCAGAGAGGCGCGUGAAAGGUAUCGAAGCCUCUUCGCUGAAUUGGACGAUGAGCUUAAGAAAUCAGGAGGAUCGGCGCAGCCUACAGCAGUGCUGGAUCUUAUUACUUCGCAACGGGCCUACUCUCCCGAAAUGCUUGCGGCGGAGGUUGAUCAACUAUCUAUUCCGUCAGUUGGAGGUCUCACGCAGCGCAUUUCCGAGUUGAUACCGUCGUUGAGGGAGUACUACAAGCUUGGUGAGCAGGGCGAGUUCGUUGAAGAGGAGGUGAUCAUGGAGCACGCAUUGGAGGAGAUUCACGAGGUUGGCGGCCCGGCGCAGAAGCGCUCAUCGGCUCGACUGCGUCCUGUUCCUGGCUCUCCGAACAUGGUUGUCAUUGACGAUGCCCUCUAUGAGGAGCUCACCGGCAAAGACAACGAGAAUGGUAACCCAGGUCGCCAGGGUGAUGGUGCGGAGGAACUUGGCUCCGGUGAAGCUGGCUCAGAUGCCAAAGGCAAGGACGGUAACGUGACGCACACACAAACAGCACGCCAAAAGGCUCCCCUCGCGGAAAUCAAAGCACCAACGCCAGCCUUUCUGCGUCCACGCUCCCAGACUGUCGGACAACAAGAAGUGCGUGCCUCGUUCGAGUCCAAUUUGUCCUCGAGGAGGUCCCUGAGGUCGUUUGUCUCUACGCCUACAGCAACCGAUACGCGGCCUUGGAACUUCGACAAGAACUACCCGUGGGCAACAACAACAAUACCCUCCGUCGACAUUUCACUGCCACCUCUAACGGCAGUGAAACACUCACCUCGCCCUGGGCCGUCACAUCUUCGCAACAGGCUGUCUGACGCGUCUACUUCAAGCUCAUUUUCAUCUGCAAACACAGCUACGGCCUCGCCUUUUGGCACCGCUUCUGGCAGCAACGUACACGCACGUCACCAUCGGUUCAGUAUUUUUGGCCGUACCGGCGAUCAGUCUCACGCAGUGGGCGAACGCUAUCCAACGUCUGCCUUGACACCGCCUACGGCCAUCUUCCGCGAUCAUUCUUCUGCCUUUGACACGUCGGACGACGAGGAAUUCAACAUAUCCCACAAAAGCAAGCUCGGACUCAGGAAUCGCUUCUCGUCUGCCCGCAACGCCACACUUGACAACAGUACUCGAGCCGGACGAAGCAAGACCAAUCCACUCGAGCUCGCGUCACCCGAGUCGACUCAACAGUCUACGACUUCAAUCCUCCAAGAUCGUGCAGGUGAAACCAAAGCCUUCACUGCAAAUCACCGCCACACCUUCCGCGACGCCGAGGGCAUGCCCGUUGGCACCUACCAUCGCAACAAAAUCAUCGACCAUCUGAAGAAGUGGUGGCACAAGGGAGGCAACCUCAUUCGCAACUUAUCUCGCCGCAAACGACCAGACGCUACUACCGUCUAG